GACACAAAGGGGUCCGAGCGUGACUGUCAAAUCUACAUAUUCUCUGUUUUCUCUCUCUUUCUUUCUCUCUCUCUCUGAAUUCAGAGGACAGCCCCUUUGCUCCGCAGAUUCGAUUCAAUCGCCGAUCUUUAUUACUCACUGCUCCUCGGGAAUCCCUCGUCUCUCCUUUCAAUCUCUCUGUCUCUUCUCCCUCAAUAUAAUGCUUCAGAUUUUCAAGAGCUUGUCUCAUCUGCCCAACGCCUUAAACAAUUCCAAAACUGCUUAUGUUUUGUCUCUCUGUUUUGGUUAGUGCAGGCAGGGCUGGUUCUGACUCGAUCAAGCUUUUGACUCCAACAGAAAAAAUAAAAAAACAUGGAAGGAGACACAUUCUCUGGUCUCGGCAACGGUACACAGAUUGAUAACAAGAUCUUGCAAACGUUUAAGAAAAGCUUUGUUCAAGUCCAGGACAUCUUGGAUCAGAACCGAGUACUCAUCAAUGAGAUAAACCAGAAUCACGAGUCCAAGGUCCCAGACAAUCUCAGCAGAAACGUUGGCCUUAUUAGGGAGCUUAACAACAACAUCAGAAGAGUGGUUGACCUUUAUGCGGAUCUUUCAAGCUCCUUUACCAAAUCCAUGGAGGUUUCUUCCGAAGGGGAUUCCAGUGGUGCUGUGAAAUCUGACGGUAAAGCUGGCCACAAGCGACACAGGCCUCUUUAGGGAACUUUUUUGUUUUUCUUCUUUUUAUUUUAAUUUCUCUUCUUUUUUUCCUUGGUGGAGAUGCACGACAUGACAAUUGUGUUGAGGGGUAGAUCAAGAUUAGGUUCUGUAGCCGAAGCCCUCUUGUAUUACAGAACGUUUUCUAGCUCAUCGCUUACUGCUUACAUUCCAAAUAAAAAGAAAUGAUUUUCC